CAAGGAAAUAUCAUAAGAAUAUGCGCUAUGCCAGUGGCGAAGAAGAAAGGAAAAGCGUCGAAGUCUGGGAGGAGAUCUAAAAAGAGAGGUCCCAAGGAAGAUGUAAAGUCAUCUACCAGUCUCCCUCCUGCUGUAGAGGGUCCUCUCAGAUGCUUCCUCAGGGUAGCCAUCGCCAAGGUAACAUGGACCACACCCAAGCCUCCUGAUGCCACCUAUGUAAGGUUGAGAUGGUGGGGAGAAACGUCCAGUGGAACACUCUUCAGGCCUGUAGAUGGCAAGAACCAGGGAAAGGCAGAGAGCCAGACAGUAGCUCGAUUCCCUGUACGAUGUGGACCAAAGCAGUUUACAGCUUAUCUCAAUGAUAUGGGCAGUAUAAGUGUUGAUGUCCUCAGAGGUUCCUCCAUGGUUGUUGCAGGUAGAGCUCAAGUCAAUGAAAUCAGUGUUAUUUCACCACAGAAACCCAUCAGUGGGACAUAUCCAGUAUUCUCAGCGAAAGAUUCCCAGAAGAUUGCAGAGGUGCAUAUUUCAAUGAUGUUUGAACCUCUCAUAACAUCCUAUGAUAGCUCCAGCUCCAUGCUGACGACAGACGCUAGUAUGAGGGCGCCCUCUAGGGCCACUGAUCAGGACAGUGUCCGUUCUAAGACAUCUCAUCGCUCCACCUCGUCCCACGACUCCUCCAGAUCGGGCAAGAAGAAGAAGAAGAUAUUUCCUGGUUCCAGCUCCACUGAGGGGCCGCUUACAUCAGGCAAUUCAAAGGUUCACUCUGAUGCCAUGUCAAGAGAUUUUGAAUCUGAUUACAGCAAUGUGAUUGGUCACCCAUCAAAACCUUCAGCCCAGACUGGUCACAUGAUGUCAUUGGAUGCCAAACAAGACCCAUCGAGGAGACCCCUCUCCACCUUACCGAUCACAAGCAACACGAGAUCGCUACCUGCUCAGCAGAUGGGCAACACUGUCCCAGACAGACUAAACCCCGAUCUCAUCUCAGCCUUGCUUGAUAGAGGCAAGAAGCUGAGGGAUGCUAUGAUCAAAGAAGAGAUAGGCCACCACUCUUCAAGAGGGAGACCUCCUGUAAACCAGGGGACAGAAGAUGUGGGAAUGAGAGAAGUUGCUGAAGGACAGAGGAGAUACAGAAGGAGAGGCUCAUCUGGUGAGCUCUUCCGUGAGAUCCUUCAUGGAGAACGAGAUGAAGUCCCAGUAAGGGAUGACGAUCCCACAGUUACCCUUGGCAAACCAGAUGAUUAUGAUGAUGAUGAAGAUGCUGAUACAGAGAACAGAGCAGUUGAGCUCCUUGUGGGAGACGUGCUCAGUGCUAAGGAUCUCAAAAGCCUGAAAGCUCUACAUUCUGGGGUUUCCCCUCCAGCGAGCCUAUCUUCUCACAGUGAUGAUGUCUACAGCGAGGAUGAGGACCCUCUCCAUGACAACAGCAUCCUGGAAGAACUCUUCUACAAAGGAGUGGCAAGCAGCAGUGAUGAGAGCCUGGCUGAUCUAUUAGACUCAGAUUCAAGUGAUGAUGUGGAGACUCAUACCGUACAGAGGACCAAACAUGGCAAGACCCGGGAUACUGCAUCACCAAGACAAAAACAAGAGGAUGCUAGCAGCAAUGGUUACCUGGAUACCAAUACAGCAGAUGAUGCCAGCCCGAGGAGAUCCAGAGCUGAGAUGGAGGACGAGGAGGAGAGAGACCAAUUUAGCCAGUCUUUGAGCGAAUCUAGAACAUCAGGAUCACUAUCUCUCUCCUCGUCUCGUGAUGCAAGUUAUCAUCAUAGAGGUCACAGUGAGACUGACCCUGCCUCUGGCCUGAGUGUGGAGAGAUUGACGCUCCUAGGGCGUGUCCAUGUUGCUAGGGUAACCAUCAAUAAGCUCAAUCUCCGAUCAGAGCCAGCCAGUCGCAUCCCAGUUCGGACGGGGAAGGGAGUGGAUCAGAGAGGAUCAAGGGGGAUCAAGGGCAAACCUCCAAGACCAUUAACACAGAAAAAGAUAACCUAUUUUGUGGAGUACCAGUUCCCGGUGAGCGAGGCAUCCAGUGGGAGGAAUGGAGCAUCAUCUGGUUCCAUGGCAACAGAGCUGAUGAGAGUGGUCUCUAAGAAGGUUACCGGUAAAGAAGUAUCCUUUGGACAUCGGUCAGUGUUUCCGGUCCAGUUUGAUGGUCAAGCGGUAGACAGGUGGUGGAAGCAACUCCUUGUCUUCAAGGUCUUCUCUAAGGUUGCAGGAGAUAAACAUCCCACCAUUCUUGGAGUAGCCAGUAUCCCUCUGAGGUCACUCAUUCAGAGUUCAGACCUGGUGACCAUCUCUGAUCUACCGGUCAAGGAUAAGACUUCUCCAUCUAGGACUGCUGACCAGGACAGCAGUCAGAGAGGGAACAUGAUUGGUCUUAUUUCGGUGAGUAUGGAGCUUGCAUCAGACAGCAAGGAUUUCGCCUCGGCUUUAGCCAAAACCAGAGUGGCCGAGAUGCAGGGGACAAAGAUUGUACCCCUCCCCUCAUCGGACCCUAGAGCGGGGCUAGGUCAUCUCACAAGGCAGGCAUCACCUCCAUCAUCAUCAUCCAAGCAUGCUUUGCCAGGCAGACACCAGCAAAGGGAUGGAGAUCAGUCUAGGACGGUUGGGAGGUCAUCAGCUGUGAUUCAGUCUGGUCACUCAGGAGCAGACAUUGGCCAUUCAGAAGCAGAAACUACCCAAACCACCAAGACAAACAGGGAAACAACUCCAAAGCAUCAAGAUGGCUUUGAGGCCCUAACUCUCCAUUCUUUGCUGUAUGUAAGAGAAGGUCACCUUACCACCUCAUCUAUACCAGGAAACACUAUGCCUAGACCCCACCCUCAUCCUACUCUACAGUAUUCCUCAGGAGGAAGAGACAGAGUGGUGAAUAACACUUACUUGGUUGGUCGUAUGUUCUGGUUGGAUGAUGCAGCUAGGUCUGAUGUGUGUUGGGGUACCACUCAACCCGACUUUGACUUUGUGCAGGUAUCUCCAGUGCUUCUCACACAGUCGCUGCUUGAGAGAAUGAGGAAUAAUUUCACCGUGAUUGAAGUCUGGGAUAAGAAGACCUCUGCUCAACAUGACCAGUUACUUGGUAUUGCCAAGCUCCCCUUACAUCAGCUCUACAUGUCGUACAGAGAUCAGAGAAUCGGCAAGACAUUACUCAAGUCCCAGUAUCCUGUGGUGGCUGUAGACAAUGAAUUGCCUAUCACUGACCCUUUCACUGGUCAGCGAUGCGGACAGCUGACCAUACUAUUAGCUCUAGGAUCUCAGCAACAGGUUUCAGCAUUGCAGAGGUUGAAGUCCAUCAGACGAGAUGCUACCGAUGUACCAGAGAGACCAGUGCGCUAUGGAGAGAGAGCUCACGUUCAUUCUGCUGACCAAGAAGUGGAAGACUCGGGUGCAGUUGAGCAUGUGUUUGAGGUAGUGAUAGAGGGCAUCCAAGGCCUCCCUCAGCUGGAAGACUCUGUAUGGGGAGAAGCAGACUGCUUCAUUCAGUAUCACUUCCCUCAUCAACAACAGCAGCUACAGCAACAGCAGGAGUUUGGAGGACUGAUACAAGACAGUAGUCUAACCCUCAGACCUCACCGUACUCCCACCACACUGUGUGUACCUGACCCAGUAUUCAAUGAUGUUUGCAGACAUAGGGUUAUCUUAGUUCAAGGGACUCCAGUACAAAGAGAACUACUCACAGCCUGUGCAGGUGUCGGUGGACAUGCUGGAGGCAUUCCAUUUGAGGUCUGGUGUCGGUUCUACUACCCCAACGUCAGGGAUCAAGUCAUUGCUAAAGCUACCCUACCUUUAGCCAAGCUAUGCGCCAUGGUUACCAUGCAGAGGCGAGGCGAGCCGAGUGUUCAGACCUUCUCAUUGCCCCUACGAACUCAUCAAGAUGAUCAAGAGAGGGCAGCAGAGGAGUCUGGUCCUAAGCUUCGUGACAGUGGUCUACUCGAUGUAACCGUCAGCUACAGACAGACCGUGAUCCAACACAAGACCCAUCCAUCGAGGGAGAGAGGUGCUACUGGUGGAGGUCCUCAUGUAUCGCUGGCUCUUGCCAUUCACAGGGCCUGUGGGCUCAAGUCUGCAGCAACAUCCCUGGCUCGCCAUGACAACGGGAUGCAGUACCCAAGUCAGGUUGGAGUCAACUCGUACAUCAAGAUACAGCUAUCAUUCAUGGCCAAGGAUGAGAUGCGUGUGACAAGAACCAUUGCCAGGAGCUUCUGCCCAGAGUACAACCAUCAUGUAGAACUCCCAUGCCCCCUCCUCCUUGCACCAGGGGAGGGGGAGGAGGACGAUGAUGUGAUGAGUCUGGCUGAGGCCUUAGAGUCUGCUGAUCUCAUCCUGCAAGUGUGGCAUCAAGUACCUGGGUUUAGAACAGGUGAAAGUGAGAGACCCCAUCAAGUAGAAGACACCCUACCGAGGGGAGGAGGAGGUGGUAUGAUGGGUCACCGGGUCAUCGCCGAGACCGGAGACGUUCUGAUCGGCUCAGCUACAAUUCCUCUUGUGAAGCUGCUAGCAAAUAGAACAGGUCUUGAAGGCUGGUUCCCCAUCAGUCUACCACCGUUAGGGUGGGACACCGCACCCCUCCCAAGACAACAUGACCCACUGAGUGACACGCCCGAGCCCCACCCCAAGCUGCUUGACAGGGUGGCAGGAGGGGUGGAGCUGGCGGUCAAGUUUGGACACCAGGGUGACCGUGAGAGGGUCAUCGAUGCUGGCCGGAAGGUCGGAUGGAGUCCAGAUAGUCUGGUACUGGAGGAUGUGGAGCAGAUUUGGGAUGAAGGAGUCCAGGACCAAGGUUCAUCCAGUUCAUUAUCCUGUGAAGUGACCAUUGAUGUGGACGCUGCCUGGUUCCCUGUCCAGCCAUCACUCAGACCAGGUCAGACCCAGCUUGACCCUCACACCAAGGCUUACAUCAGAUAUAAGUUCUAUGACAAAGGUGCAGUGUGUUCCAAGCUAUGUUACCUAGACCAGACUGGAGAUGGCCAGCUGUGUGCAGAUCUCAAACAUUGUCAGGUCCUCCAUGCCAAUCAGUCUCAACCAUUUGCUUGGUACCUGCGUGAGGAGCAGCUAGAGGUACAGCUAUGGCUGAGCUACAACUCUGAGCUACCUGAGGAAAGCAAGGCCAGGCCUCGUCAUAGAGACAAGCUAAUUGGCUGCUCCUACAUCGACCUUUCACCCCUGUGUCAUCAGAGGGUCAAGAGACAUCGGGUCAGUGGUGUGUUCCCAUUGUUCAAGCCAGGCUGUGCUGAUAUGGGAGGGGCAUGUCUCAGAGCUCAUGUUACCAUGAGAGUCACAUCGGAGCAGAAGCCAGUCACAACUCAACAGGAUCAACGCAAGAGAGUACACGAUGAAGAGAGCUUGGAUGAAGAAACACUGCCUAGUGACAAAGCCAAGGAGGGUGAAGGAGUGAAGGAAGAGGAGGAGGAGAGACAGAAGAACCAACCCGUAUGGAUGACAGUGGUGGUGGAGAGAGCCAUGCGUCUGAGUGAUUUCACUGAUCCGUCAAGGGUUGAGUCCAUUGCCCCAAGCUCCUAUGUCACCUUCCAGUCGGCCGUUGGUCCCUCUCCUGCCGUCACUCCUACCGUACCAAGCUCUAACAAUCCUCAGUGGAAGUACACCAGAGAUGUGGCUAUCAGCCCUCAGCUACUUGAUAAUCAGAGUCUGAUUUUCAAGAUUUGGCACCAAAUCUCCAGCAAGCAAGAUUCAACUUGUGAUCGAGUGCUAGGUUUCAUAGCCGUAGAUCUAGGACCCUUACUAGCUGGCAUUAGGUCUCUGGAUGGUUGGUACAAUAUCAUGGACUUCUCUGGCCAGACCCUAGGACAGAUAAAGAUCUCCAUCACCCCAAAGGAAUCUCUAUCACCAUUGAGGCACUCUCCUAAACAAAGAGCAAUGUUGGGUUCACCCAACAGCUCUAACCUCUUCAGCCGAGCACCCCUCCCUCCUCCUCACUACCUCUCAUCAUCAUCCUCCUCAUCCAACCGGCCUGGUAGUAGUCUCCCGUCCACACGUCCAGCUGUCAGAAGUCUGAAUCACUUUGAGCAACAUCUUGAAGGAGUCAGGGAGUUCCAUGGCAAGCUACAAGACAGACUCAGAAGUCUGCAUAGAAUGGAGACUGACUCAGGGUCCUCAGAAGAUGGAUUCCAACACCCAGUCAUUCAGAAUCCUCCAGAGGUUGGAAUACAACAGAGCGACUUCCGAUCGCACCUCCUCUCAGAAAGGACCCCGUCAUCAUCAUACCUCUUGGAAACCUUCAGGAAAAACAUGGAAGAAUUAGAUGAGCUUCACCAGCGUCUCAAGACCAAACUCUCAGGAGGAGAGACACCGUCAUCAUCAUCAUUGCCUAACGCAGCAUCUCAUCACCAUGGUAACUCUGGUAGUGAUGCAGAAAGGAGACGGAUGUCUUCCGAUGAUGUGAAUGGUGAUGGAGGAGAGCAGGUAGGACACAAUGGACAGUAUGGAGCAGGGAACAUGGUGGUUGAUAACGGGGCGGUGCCUCAUGGUAAUGAGAAUAAUAAUCAACAGCAUCAUCAUCAUCAUCAUCAUGAUCUCCAACGACACGAUCAUCAAGAUCAUCUUGGAAGUGGUCAUAGGACUAUCCUCAGUGAUGGAGUAGAGAGAACUGAUGUGAGAGAGGAUGAUGAAAGAACUAGUAACUGGAGCACAGAAGGGGAUCCGUCAGAUGAAGCCUUGCGUGACUACACUGAUAGAGAUGGAGGCAGUCGUGGAGGUGAUAAAGAGGAUACCAGGAAUGGAAGAGUAAUGAUGGAUCCACAGUAUGAAAACAGCGGUAUGAAGAGAGAAGAUGUUGGUGGAGAAGAUGAGGAUGAUGAUGGAAGGCAUCAGUUCCUGGAGGAUGGUGCGAGGGGAGAUGAUGAAGACAGCAUGAUUUAUGUGAGGCCACUGAAUGACAUAUCAUGCCCGGCAUUCAGUAAUGGUGUCAAUGAUGAUGUCAUCAGCCCUCCAUCAUCCAGACCACCCCAUUACAUCCCAUCCUCUUCUCAUCGAUAUACAAGUGAACACCAUGACGAGGAUGAGCUACAUCAGCAUAGAGAUGAUAAAUUCAAACCGAGUGAUGGUAUUGACGAUGACUUGUUUGCAGGCACCGAUAGACUUGGUGGUAGAAUUGAUGCGGAGGAAUACCAAGGCUCAAACACCAUUCAUACCACGGAAGAUGGUUACCAUGCCAACCAAAUCAUUGAUUCAUUCAGAGACAUGGCCGAUGGGGGUCACGCACAACAUGAAGACGCCUUGCAGGGGUACAGAACCGACGGCCUGCAGAACUUAGCCACACCAAGUGACCAUACAAACAGUGCAUCAAGUCAUACAGACAGUGCGUCUAACGUGGUAAGGACUAGAUCAUCUACCGGUACCAGUGGUAGUGGACCCGAUGAUGAGUGUAGCAAUGUGGGGAUCAGAGGCAGUAGUCAAGACGAUGAUUGGAGCAAUGCGAGGGUUAGAGACGGUGAUCUUGACGAUGAUGAUGUUGUUGUAGAGGAUGGCAUCGUUUUGACAUUGAAUGCUCAAGAAGCUGAACUGCAGAGAAGGCAACUCGAGUUGAAGGAGGUAGAGAGAUCAGCAGCAGUCAGGCCAAAGGCGCAUAAUAAGAAUGCCAGUAGCACACUCCCAGAUUUCUUCUUGCCACCCACUGACCUUGAGGCAUCCAUGAGGGCGCUGUACAAUACUGUGUCCGGCCCACAGUCACACGAGCUGAGUGCCAGAGAUCAGGCAAAGUUUGAAGCUGCUCACGAGAUGGCACAGCGUCUCGGUUCAGGAGGUCAACAGAGGUCACAAGCUGCAAGUCGGACAACGCUGCCUUUCUCCUAUAAGCAACCUACUGCUGACCAGGCAAAGAGGAUUGCCAAGAUAUUCUCUGCUAAAUUCUAGGAAGUGAAGAGCUUUCAAGGAUAG